GAAAAAAUAUAUAUCUAUUCCCUACGCUGUAAUAGGAAUUAUAUAGUUUCAUGAAAUUCCAUUAAUAUGGUUCUUAAAGUUAUUCGUCUAUUUUUUGUGAUUGUAUUUUGCUCUCAAGUUAUUGGAAGAUUAACUCAAGAAGAUUUGUUGGAAUGGGUUCCAUACGAUCCCAAUGAUGUGCCUUCAGAUGCAAUUCCAACUGGUCAUACAAUGGAGGAUAAACGUAUUUAUAUAGGUAGAGUUCAUUUGCUCGAUGGAGAUAAGGAAGGAUAUGUACCAUCAAACAUUAUUGAAGGAGAAGAAUGUGUGUAUGGAUUAUUGGACUCCGAUAUUAAAUAUGUCUGUCAAAAUAUUUCGAUUUUGAUUGGAAAGAAUACUUAUUUAUCCGACGUUUUUUGGUAUACAGCUAGACCCUCAUACUUCAUGUCAUUAUUUGAUUCUGACGAAUAUCAUCCCGUCCGAGUUGGUUGGGAAGUAGGAACAGAUAAUGGCACACCAUUCAAUUCAUCUUUGUAUUUUGCACGAGUAUAUUUUGGUGGGCAAUAUUGGAAUUCGAAAAUCUAUACUAGCCGACCCGACGAAGAGAAGAAUAAUAUUGGAUAUUUUUCCUACGUGAAUUUUUAUAGUGGUGACGUGGAAUGUUACGGAGGCAGCUAUUACGACGUGUUAUUAUUUAAAUUUUAAUGGAAAAGUUGUAAUGUUUUUUGAAACUAAAAAAAUAGGAAAUAAAUGCGUUGAACAAGAA